CUGAACGGAGACGUGAACAAACGGAGAUCCCGUUUGUCCGUAGUUACGCGAGAUGUGGUUUGCUAUAAAUACGCUUCAUCGCUCUCUUCCUUGUGACUGACUAUUACCUUUCCUUCUGAGCGCAAGAACUUUGAGAAGUUGAAGCCAAAGUGAAGUUUCCGAAAGAUGGCUGCAGGCAAAGCUCAAAUUGGAAAGAUGGCUCCGGAUUUCACAGCUAAAGCUGUGAUGCCAGAUGGCCAAUUCAAGGACCUUAAAUUAUCUGACUACAGAGGGAAGUAUAUUGUCUUCUUCUUUUACCCACUGGACUUUACCUUUGUGUGCCCGACCGAGAUCAUCGCAUUCAGCGAUGCGGCUGAUGAAUUCAGGAAGAUUGGCUGCGAGGUCAUCGCUGCCUCUGUUGACUCUCACUUCUCCCACUUUGCAUGGACCAACACUCCCCGUAAGCAGGGUGGUUUGGGCGCUAUGAAGAUUCCGCUUGUGUCUGACGUGCGUCACACCAUCUCUGAAGACUAUGGCGUUCUAAAAGCGGACGAAGGCAUUGCCUACAGGGGCCUCUUCAUCAUUGAUGAUAAGGGGAUACUGAGACAGAUCACCAUCAAUGACCUCCCCGUGGGACGUUCUGUAGAUGAAACCAUGCGUUUGGUUCAAGCCUUUCAGUUCACUGACAAGCACGGAGAAGUGUGCCCAGCUGGCUGGAAACCAGGAAGUGACACCAUCAAACCUGAUGUCACAAAGAGUAAAGAAUUCUUCUCCAAGCAGUGAUAAGACCGAUGCCAGAAUCUGCUGCCUGCUCUAAGAGAUUUCAUAUAGAUAACGUUUGUAGAAAAGAGUAUUUUAUAUUUUUCCCUUAGUGGAAAAGUUGCUAUGGCCUCUUGCAUUUGAUUGUCUUGUGUUUACUGAAGACAUAAAUGUCUUUCAUGUCAUUCCUUACCAUAAAACCAAUGUACUGUAUGAAACCAUAAGAUGCCUCACUUCAUUGGUUC